CCAUGCUCCGGGAGGAUGCCUCAUCCUGUACUUUCACACUGUGUAGGGAAGAUAAAAGGCACACACACACACAAACACACACACACACACACAUAUGUUCCUAAGCGGAAGGACUAAGGGGCCAUAAGCCACUAAACUUUGUAUUUCUGUCUCCUAAACUACAAUCUGAAGUGACGGACGUGUGGAGCCUCCUUUUAUUGACGCAAAUAUGCAAACCAGGCAGAUACAUUUUGGGCUGUGACCUUUACACAUCUUCCGAUCCCGAGAUCGUGGGGUGGUACAAGGUUAUUUUGGCACCUGUUUCCACCGUGUCAUUUUCCCCAUGCACAGUGUAUGACGAAGGAGACAAAAGGUCUCAGAGACAAAGGUUAUAGACAGGACACUGCAGACUACUGAGACCGAAAAAGGUUAGACAGAGGGAACGAUGUUCAGACAGCUGUGGCUUGCCUGGGGGGGGGGUGUGCCCCGCACCCCAAGGUCACGCGUGCAGGCAGACUGUGGCUGCCUGCUGGUGGGGAGUGUGCUCCCUCCGGACCCCACUCCGCGAUCAUCCCUCAACAAUCCAUGUUAGCGCAUAGAGUGCUCUAAAUAUUUCCAUCUGCUCCCCUUGGAGGGAGCUUCUGCACCCUGGUGCCCUCCAGAUGUUGCUUUUCUUCCAACUGCAGCUUUAGGAGUUUCCCUUAUUUUCUAUACAGUAUUCUAAAUGUAUCAAAGUGUCAGAAACUGGUUUCCUGGAUGGCUGUUCGGGGGAAAGGAAAAGCGAGGUCUGCAGAGUGCAUCGUGGCAACAGCUGAGAGAGUCCCAGAAGUGGCCUGGUUUAUGAUUCCUCCUCCUCCUCCGUAUUUUCCACUGGCAACGCAAUGGUCUCUGAUACACCCUCUGAACGGUCUCUUCUUAAAGAUGGAGUGGAAAGAGGAGCCAGGCAGCUUCCUCAGGCCCUCUUGACCUUUGAGGAGGUGGCUGUGUUUUUCACGGAGGAGGAGUGGGCUCUGCUGGAUCCUGGCCAAAGAGCUCUGCACAAGGAAGUCAUGGAGGAGAAUUAUGAGAUGGUGGCCUCUCUAGAGACUCUGAUACUCAAGUCUGAGCUCAUCUCCUCGCUUGGAACAGAAAAAUACAGGGAUGUUGUCCUGGACCAAUUGAGAGGUGAUGGAGAAGGCAAUCAGAAUUUUGAGGGGCCAUCUGUAAAGUACUUCAGCGUGAGUGAACACCUUAGCACACAACUACAAACUAACGCAGGGGAGAAACCCUUUAAAUUUAUGGAGUGUGGGAAGGGUUUCAUUGAGAGUGGAGCUCUUACAAGACAUCAACGAACUCACACAGGGGAGAACCCAUUUCAAUGUAUGGACUGUAGGAAGAGCUUCAGGGAUAUGGGAAAACUUACAAGACAUCAACGAACUCACACAGAGGAGAAACCAUUUAAAUGUAUGGAGUGUGGUAAGGGUUUCAUUGGCAGUGGAGCUCUUAGAGUACAUCAACGAAUUCACACCGGGGAGAAACCAUAUAAAUGUGUGGAGUGUGGAAUGAGCUUCUAUCAUAGGGAAUCCUUUAAUAUGCAUCAGAUAAAUCACACAGGGGAGAAACCAUUUAAAUGUAUGGAGUGUGGGAAGGUUUUCAGUCAAAGGGGAAAACUUACCGUACAUCAACGGACUCACACAGGGGAGAGACCAUUUCAAUGUAUGGAGUGUUUGAAGGGUUUCAUUGACAGUGGAACUCUUACAAGACAUCAACGAAUUCAUACUGGGGAGAAACCGUUUAAAUGUGUGGAGUGUGGAAUGAGCUUCCGUCAUAGGGAAACGCUUAAUGGGCAUCAAAGAAAUCACACAGGGGAGAAACCAUUUCAAUGUAUGGAGUGUGGGAAGGUUUUCAGUCAAAGGAGAAAACUUACUGUACACCAACGGAAUCACACAGGGGAGAAACCAUUUCAUUGUAUGGAGUGCGGAAUGAGCUUCAGUGAAAAUGGAAGCCUUACCCAACAUCAACGAACUCACACGGGGGAGAAACCAUUUAAAUGUAUGGAAUGUGGGAAGGGUUUCAGUCGGUGUUCACACCUUACUAUUCAUCGAAGAACUCACACAGGGGAGAAACCAUAUAAAUGUUUGGAGUGUGGGAAGGGUUUCAGUGAAGGGGGGAGACUCAUUGUGCACCGACAAAGUCACACAGGCGAGAAACCAUUUAAAUGUAUGGAGUGCGGGAAGGGUUUCAUUGAGAGAGCAGCUCUUACAAAACAUCAACGAACUCACACAGGCGAGAAACCAUUUAAAUGUAUAGAGUGUGGGAAGGGUUUCAUUGAUAGAGGAGCUCUUACAAAACAUCAACGAACUCACACAGGCGAGAAACCAUUUAAAUGUUUGGAAUGUGGGAAGAGCUUCUGUCAGACUGGAGCUCUUGCAACACAUCUACGAACUCACAAAGGCGAGAAACCAUUUAAAUGUAUGGAGUGCGGAAGGAGUUUCAGUCAGAAUGGAAACCUUACUAUACAUCAACGAACUCACACAGGCGAGAAACCAUUUAAAUGCUUGGAAUGUGGGAAGAGCUUCAGUCAGAAUGGAGCUCUUACAACACAUCUACGAACUCACACAGGUGAGAAACCAUUUAAAUGUUUGGAAUGUGGGAAGAGCUUCAGUCAGAAUGGAGGUCUUACAAUACAUCUACAAACUCACACAGGCGAGAAACCAUAUAAAUGUUUGGAAUGUGGGAAGAGAUUCAGUUGGAAUAGAGUUCUUACAAGACAUCAACGAACUCACACAGUGGAGAAACCAUUUAAAUCUUUGGAGUGUGGGGAGGGUUUCAGUCAAGGGGAAAACUUACUGUGUGAGGCUGAAAAGGCGUUUUCCAUAAACUCUGUAUGAAUAAAGUUUCUAUGUUAGUAUUACGGGUGUUCUUUCAAAAUAGUUGGUUUUGAGUUUCCCAGGGUAUCAAACAACAGCAUUGAUGUAACAUUUAUAUGUAAUGAAUGACACAAUAUUAAUACUAAUGUUGAGAUAUAUAGUUAAUUUCUUAAAGAAUAUAUGUGGUUUAGUGAAAUGUCUUUAUUAAAUCAUAGGAAUAGUCAAUCAGGGAUAGUCUGUGAGGACCACAAGUGAUCUCAUGGUAUAAUUGAUGAUAUAUUUAGUAUGCUUAAUGGUAUGAAUGGAAGAUAUGAAUGGAGAAGUGUCUGAAGUGAGUGGGAUCAGAUGGCACUAUGACUCUGAAGGCAGAAGAUAAAGAAAUGAUUAAAUGGAAGAUGAAGAAUUAUUGAGUUAGCCAGUGGACCAGGCGAAAUCAGGAUGGACAAAAAUAAUUGGGCAAAAAUAUGACAUAAGCAGGAUGACAGCAUGUCUGGGUGAAGUAGGACAACCUGAAAACUAAAAAUAUGAUUGAUUGAUUGAUUGAUGAAUGAGUGAUGAAUGAAUGAGUCCUUAUUGCUUAUUACUUGUUAAUCAAUAAAGAUUGUUAAUCUGAAGAGAAUUGUAUCAUUUUGUCUUUCUUGAAAACACUAUGAUAAAGGUGAAAAGGGACUUAACACUGUUUUCGUGACAACUGUCCAUCAACGGACUCACACAGGAAAAACCAUAUAAAUGUUUGGAGUGUGGGAAGGGUUUCAGUCAAGGGGGAAAACUUACUGUACAUCAACGGCCUCAUGCGGGAGAAACCAUAUAAACGGAGUGUGGAGAGUGCUUCAUUUGUAGUAGGAAACUCAAUGUGUACUGGCAAAGUCACGUCGAGAGAAACCAUUUAAAUGUAAGAAUUGUGGGAAGGGCUUCAGUGAAGGUAGAGAAAACUUACAAGACAUCUACAAACUCAUACAGGGGAGAAACCAUUUAAAUGUAUUGAUUGUGGGAAGGGUUUCAUUCAGAAUGGAACUCUUACAAGACAUCAACGAACUCACAUGGGUGAGAAACCAUUUAAAUGAAUAGAGUGUGGGAAGUGCUUCAAUUAUAACGGAGUCAUUAAUAAACACCUAUGGACUCUCACAGGGAAGAACCCAUUUAGUUUUAUGGAGUGUGCCAAGUUUUCCCCACUGAGUUCACUUUGUCCCUCAUAUCAACAAAUUCAUAAAGGGAAAAAUCCAUUGUAAAUGCAUGGAGUGUAUUUGAUGUUCUGAUGUUUGUGUGGAAAGUUGUACAUAUAUGUAUUAAAGCAAUGAAGGUAAUGUC